GGUCCUUUAUCAGAGAAAAAAAAAACCCUUUUAAUGCCAUGAAGUGUGCAACGGGCGUUGCUUUCCUCUCUGGCGCUUGAAGGGUUAAUACGAAUUAAUGGAAACCUACAAUAUUCCGGUUUAAGACGAUCAGAAAGCUAAAUUCCUGGUAAAGCCACAGAGAAUAACAAUACUAAUGGAAGAGGGAAAGGGGAAGUGAUUAAUAAGGUUUUCCUGUAGAUGGGAUAGGGUGGUCGGGAAAGAAAAGGCAAUGGACCUUUGCUGUGGAUCGCUAAUUAAAGAUCGUGAAGCCACAAGGGAGAGAUCUCACGUCUACUGCAGGAGGACACAAAGACGUGACUGCGCUGGAAACCUGCUUCAACAUCUCACGGGCUUCAGCACCACCACACUCUCCCACUAACUAGUUCACUUUCUUUGUUUCCACCCACACUGAAUUCAAUAUUACCACAUCUAGCCACCUCAUGGACAUCCUAAACUAUAUAUAAGAGGCAUAGCUGGGGCUGGUAUGGUUUAUACUGGCUGGGAGAGCUGCAGGACACUUGCUAACUAGUCUCCAGCUCUCUGCAAGAAGUGGACACUUUAAUUAGGACCUUAAUACACCAAAGGAUACAAAGAAAAGGGACCUCAUAACCUUCAGGAACUCCACAAACAAGAAAUACAGCUCAAAACUGGAUAGACACAGCUAACCUGCUUCCAACAGAUAUGAGAGAUCUCAGGUUCCCUGCUCUGCUGGCUUUGGCACUUUUGAUGCUGUCUUCUGGAUACUGCAAAGAGAGGACUGAGUCCAGCACCCUCAGUGACAAAACCCUUCUGAAUUUCAUCAUGAAAAUCAUUAAAGACUUAAAAAAGCAUAAUGUGGAGGAGGAGAAUGGAGUGCAGCACAUGCCUAAGGAAGAAGAUUAUAGCAUUGAUUACAAAGACGAUCCAGACUAUGGAUUUUACCAGGAGCAGAGAGUUGAAAUAGUUCCAAGAGACCUUCGGAUGAAAGAAAAGUUUUUAAAACAUUUAACAGGUCGUCUUUCCUUCACCAGCCCCAACUGUAAUAAACUCUUCCGUAGAGUUUACAACACAACCAGAGACUGCACCACCCCUACACAUUACAAAAGAUGUGCCAGACUCCUUAACAGAUUGGCAAUCAGCCCCUCAUGCAUGGACGGAUAACACAGUAUGAUGCGGAAGCAGAACAGAAAAUAAGAUCCCAAGAACCAAGAAAAGUGCCUUGGAAGCCAACAGGGAAAUACUUAAUAAUAUGUGUUUCUAGUAUAUUCCAUUGUGAACAAAAAGAUUUAUUUUUAAACAUUGACAGAAUACUGUACUUCCAUAAUUUAACAUGCAUUUUCUAUGUUGUCUGCAAA